AUGGGCUGUGCCAGAGACAGUAUGGGCUGUGCCAGAGACCGUAUGGGCUGUGCCAGAGACCGUAUGGGCUGUGCCAGAGACUGUAUGGGCUGUGCCAGAGACCGUAUGGGCUGUGCCAGAGACAGUAUGGGCUGUGCCAGAGAUCGUAUGGGCUGUGCCAGAGACCGUAUGGGCUGUGCCAGAGAUCGUAUGGGCUGUGCCAGAGACCGUAUGGGCUGUGCCAGAGACCGUAUGGGCUGUGCCAGAGAUCGUAUGGGCUGUGCCAGAGACAGUAUGGGCUGUGCCAGAGACAGUAUGGGCUGUUCCAGAGACCGUAUGGGCUGUGCCAGAGACCGUAUGGGCUGUGCCAGAGACAGUAUGGGCUGUGCCAGAGACCGUAUGGGCUGUGCCAGAGACCGUAUGGGCUGUGCCAGAGACCGUAUGGGCUGUGCCAGAGACAGUAUGGGCUGUGCCAGAGACCGUAUGGGCUGUGCCAGAGAUCGUAUGGGCUGUGCCAGAGACCGUAUGGGCUGUGCCAGAGACAGUAUGGGCUGUGCCAGAGACCGUAUGGGCUGUGCCAGAGACUGUAUGGGCUGUGCCAGAGACAGUAUGGGCUGUGCCAGAGACAGUAUGGGCUGUGCCAGAGACUGUAUGGGCUGUGCCAGAGACAGUAUGGGCUGUGCCAGAGACCGUAUGGGCUGUGCCAGAGAUCGUAUGGGCUGUGCCAGAGACUGUAUGGGCUGUGCACGCGGAGGAAGGUAG